GAGUUUUACAACUUCGAUUCGAUUAAUAUAGGACCAACGAAUUGAUCAAAAACACAAAAAAGAGGGAGAAUGAUGUCGUUUUGACCCACCGCAACUGCAACCGCAACCGCAACCGCCUAGUCAUCUCUAAACUCACCCAACCCAAAAAUCCCGACAAUCGAUAAUGAGAGUGAGCUCCGGCGAUGGCCUCGGUGGCGGCGCCACCUCCACUGCCGCCGCGGCUUCCAGGGACGCCGAGGCCCUCUUCCGCUCCAAACCCAUCUCCGAGAUCCGAACCGUCGAGUCCACCACCCGAACCCAGAUCCAAUCCAAGAUGGAGGAGCUCCGCCAGCUCGUCGGCACCCGCUACCGCGAUCUCAUCGACUCCGCCGACUCCAUCGUCCUCAUGAAGCGCUCCUCCCACUCCAUCUCCCUCAACAUCUCCUCCGUCCACGCCUCCAUCGAUUCCCUCUCCUCCUCCGCCUCCACCCCCGACCCGCCCGACCCCUCCCGCCACGACCCGACCCGCCACCGCAUCUACGGCAUUGCCUGUCGGGUCAAGUACCUCGUCGACACCCCCGAGAAUAUCUGGGGCUGCCUCGACGAGUCCAUGUUCCUCGAGUCUGCCGCGCGCUACUCCCGCGCCAGUCACGUGCACUCCACCCUCACGCUCCCCGGUCACGUGCGCUUCCUCUCCAACUUCCCUCUGCUCCAGCACCAGUGGCAGAUCGUCGACAGCUUCAAGUCUCAGAUCUCUCAGCGCGCCCGCGACCGCCUCUUCGAUCGGGAGCUCCAGCUACCCAUCUCCUCCUACGCCGACGCAUUGGCAGCCGUUGCUCUGAUCGACGACCUCCGCCCCGAGCACGUCCUCUCGCUCUUCCUUGAGACUCGGAAGUCGUGGGUCUCGCAGAUACUCAACGCCUGCGGUGUCGAUGCGCAGUGCUCCGACGUCGUUUCGGUGCUGUGCGAGGCGUUGAGGGUGAUUCAAGUGACCGUGGGGCAGGUGGGGGAGCUCUUCUUGCGGGUGUUUAACGACAUGCCGUUGUUUUACAAAGUGGUUUUGGGUUCCCCACCUGCAUCUCAACUGUUCGGUGGAAUUCCCAACCCGGAUGAGGAGGUCAAGCUUUGGAACUCGUUCAGGGAGAAGCUGGAGGCCGCCAUGGGAAUGCUGGAGAAGGAUUAUAUUGCCAAGGCUUGUCGCUCGUGGCUUAAGGACUGUGGAGGCCAGAUGGUGGAUAAGAUCAAUGGGAGGUUUCUCAUUGAUGUCAUUGGCAGCGGCCAUGAGCUCGCCUCAGCUGAGAAGUUGAUUAGGGAGACUAUGAAUAGCAAAGAGGUAUUAGAAGGGAGCUUGGAGUGGCUCAAGAAUGUUUUCGGGUCCAACAUUGACCUGCCUUGGAGUAGAAUGAGUGAACUUGUUUUGGGAGACGAUUCGGACCUAUGGGACAGUAUCUUUGAACCAGCAUUUGUCGGGAGGAUGAAGGUGAUUGUGGACCGCAGGUUCGAGGAGCUCACGAGGGCUGUGAACGUUAAGGAGGGUGAACCCAUUGAUUUUCUUGGUGCUGGUGGUGGAAUUUGGUUUGUAGAAGCCAAAUCCAAUCAUGGUAAGAAGGGUACUUCUGCUCUGCCUUGUGAAGAGAAUUGUCUCAAUUUCUAUUUUGGUCCUCAAGCUAGUGGUAUUAGGGAUGCUGUGGAUAGUAGCUGUCAGGAGGUUCUUGAUGACUUACUGUGUUUCUUAGAAUCUCCAAAGGCAGCCCUUAGAUUAAAGGAUCUGGCACCCUAUCUACAAGAUAAAUGUUACCAAACCAUAUCUGUUAUAUUGAUGCAACUGAAUAGUGAGCUUGGGAAUUUGGAAAGUGGCAAAGACAAGCAAGGGCUGGUAACCGUUGAGAGGGCACUUUUCAUUGGGAGACUCUUGUUUGCAUUGCAGAACCACUCCAAACACAUUCCCAUCAUACUUGGCCCUCCAAGGUCUUGGGCAAAUGCAACUGGGUCUGCAGUUUUCGAUAAGUUACCGUCCAUGUUGAGACAAUCUAGAGCCCCCACUGAUUCUACCGUGCUUGAUAGCCCCUUGGGUUCUAAAAGGCACACUUCAUCUGCUACUGCUGCAUUGCUUGGAGCAAGCCAAAGUGCAAGCCCUAAACUUGAAGAGCUUAAUGUAACUAUGCGAGAUCUCCGCAUUAGAGCGCAUGGUUUAUGGAUGUCAUGGUUGUCCAAUGAGCUUUCAGUUAUUCUUUCUCAUGAUCUUGAAAAAGAUUAUGCUUUGUCAUCAUCAAGUCCUCUGAGGGGUUGGGAAGAGACAGUAGUUAAGCAAGAGCAGUCUGAUGAUAACCAAUCAGACCUGAGAAUAUGGCUCCCGUGCAUGCCUUCCCUCUAUGUAACCUCAUUUCUCUUCCGUGUAUGUGAAGAAGUUCAUCGAAUUGGAGGUCAUGUUCUUGACAAAACAAUUCUGCAAAAGUUUGCAUCAAAAUUGUUGGAAAAGGUCAUUGAUAUUUAUGGGGACUUCCUUUCUACUCUAGAGGCUGGUGGAACUGAAGUGUCCGAAAAAGGAGUUUUGCAAGUUCUGUUAGAUUUGAGAUUUGUUGUUGAUGUCCUUUCUGGGGGUGAUUCUAAUGUGAGUGAGGAGCCAUCUAUAAACCUAAAGGCAAAAAGUCCUUUCAGACGGAAGCAGGAACAAAGCCAUGUGAAGUCUGUCAUUAGAGAGCGUUUUGACGGGUUGAUAAAUCGCCUUUCGCAAAGAUUGGAUCCCAUAGAUUGGCUUACGUAUGAGCCAUAUCUCUGGGAAAAUGAGAGGCAGUCAUACCUACGGCAUGCUGUCCUUUUCGGAUUCUUUGUGCAACUUAAUCGCAUGUAUACAGAUACUGUUCAAAAACUUCCUACUAAUUCUGAGUCCAAUAUAAUGAGAUGCUCUUCAGUUCCUCGCUUCAAGUACCUUCCCAUCAGUGCCCCGGCAUUGUCUUCAAGAGCGACAGCUAAGACGUCCAUUCCAACAUCUUCAGAUGAUAUUUCUUCUAGAAGUACCUGGAAAUCUUAUGCAAAUGGAGACCUGUCCAGUAAGCUUGAUUUGGAUGAUAACUCGAGUUUUGGGGUUGCAGUACCAAUCUUUAAAUCUUUCAUGCAGGCUAGAAGCAUAUUUGGAGAGAGCACAUUGAAACUGGGAUCAAUGCUAACAGAUGGGCAAGUGGGCAUAUUCAAGGAUAGAUCAGCGGCCGCCAUGUCGACAUUUGGCGACAUUCUACCUGCCCAGGCUGCAGGUCUCCUCUCAUCGUUCACAACUUCCAGAUCAGACUCUUGAUUGCCUACAGAAUCCUUCAGUCUUAUCUUCUUUUGGGCAUAUGUAAGUAAUAUUUCACUGUGAAGAGAAACAGUGGAGUCUCACCAAGCAUGAGAUUAGGGCGCCGCCAGAGUUUGCAGUACUUAUUUGAAACCAGGUAGAAAAGGUAUGUGAUUGAAAUGAAGCCCUGAGUUUUGGAUUUUAGUUAAAGUUUCAGAUGGGGGAUUAGGAACUUAAAAUGAUGAGGUUAUGUAUAGAAGCCAGAUAGGUUGAGUAACCCUGAUUUGAAGCUGUGAGAGCUUUUUUUUUUUCUUUUUCUAUUAAUUCAUUUUUUGCUUCCAUAGCUUAUUAUUUUUCUGGGGUUCUGUUAUUAUAAACUUGUAUUCUUUUAUUUAUUUAUACCUUUUGAUGUUUGGAAAGAGCUGUCUGGUUAUGGAUAUUGUUUGUACUUUAGUGGACAGCUUGAACACUGUUGUUGUACUUUAGUUUAUAGAUUCUGAAUAAAAUAUUUGUGUUUCCAAUCAAAA